AUGUUUUUGGGUAUGGUGUUUUGCUUCUGGAACUCAUCACCGGGCAACGGGCCUAUGAUCGUGCUCGCCUUGACAAUCGUGAAAAGACUAUUGAAAGAUAAGAAUCUGGAGACACUGGUGGAUGAGGAAUUAGAAGGUAACUACGUGGACGAUGAAGUGGAAGAGUUGAUACAAAUAGCUCUAUUGUGCACACAAGUCAAACCAAUGGAGCGACCCAAGAUGUCAGAAGUUGUGAAAAUGCUCGAAGGUGAUGGUUUAGCGGAGAGGUGGGAGGAGUGGCACAAAGAGGAGAUCAUUUUGCAACACAAAGACAUCUACACUCAUAAUCUGAAUAUUGAUUGUGUUAUUGUGGAUUCAACUUAA